GUUCUUUUAAGAAAGUAUAUUAGUUAUUACAUUUAUCGGUUAUCCAAUUAACCAAGAGAAAAAAAGUGGUUGAACACUUUGGGCUGUAAAAAAAAAGUAGUUGCACACAGCACAGUCGGACCAUCAAGUCAUAACGCCAGCUAACCAAAGACACUCAUCUAAAAGCCCUCUUUAGUCUUUAAUAUAUUAUUUUUGUUCAUUUGUUGUGCAAGAAAAAUAGAAAUGCAAGCGUAAGCCUUAAACAAAAUGGCUAUCGGAGGAUUAGCUCUUGAUGUUGCCGGCGGCAGCGGCAAUAUAGAAGCCAAGAUCACAGCCGCGGUUGUCAUGACAUGUGUUGUGGCCGCUUCGGGCGGUCUCAUCUUUGGCUACGACAUUGGAAUCUCAGGGGGUGUGACGACGAUGAAGCCGUUUCUGGAGAAUUUUUUUCCAACCGUUCUUAAAAACGCUACUGAAGCUAAGCCAGAUGUGUACUGCGUCUAUGACAGCCAACUUCUAACGGCCUUCACGUCAAGCCUUUAUGUUGCUGGCUUAGUCGCUUCCUUAGUGGCUAGCCGUCUCACGGCAGCUUACGGUCGCCGCACCACCAUGAUUCUCGGUGGUUUGACUUUCCUAUUUGGUGCCGUCAUCAGUGGCUUGGCUGCCAACAUCGCCAUGCUCCUCUCCGGACGGAUUUUGCUUGGAUUUGGUGUUGGUUUCACCAACCAAGCUGCACCUGUAUAUCUAUCAGAGGUAGCACCGCCGCAAUGGCGUGGAGCCUUCAAUACUGGCUUUCAGUUCUUCAUUGGCGUAGGAGUUGUAUCAGCCAAUUUUUUAAACUACCUCACGGCCGACCACCACAGCGGCUGGCGUAUCUCACUCGGCCUCGCCGCUUUACCAGCUGUUAUCAUGACCUUUGGAUGUCUAUUCAUCUCCGAUACGCCUUCAAGCCUCUUGGCGCGUGGUAAUCACGAUCAUGCUCGCGUGUCGCUGUUUAAAAUACGUGGUGCCAAAAAUAGUGCUGACGUGGAAGCCGAACUAGCAGAGCUAGUUAAGUCGAGUCAGUUAGCUAUAGAAGCUAGAGCCGAGCCAUUUAAGACGAUAUUGGAGAGACAGUACAGACCUCAGCUUGUGGUUGCUAUGGCGAUACCUUGUUUUCAGCAGUUAACUGGUAUCACGAUUAAUGCGUUCUACGCGCCAGUUCUGUUUAGAUCUGUCGGAUUUGGUUCUGCGCCCGCUCUUGUUGCGACGCUAAUACUUGGGUUGGUUAAUCUCGGUUCGAUUCUUAUUUCAACGAUGGUUAUUGACCGGUUUGGUAGACGGUUCUUGUUCAUUGUGGGUGGUAUUCAGAUGUUUGUCUGUCAGGUGGCAGUGGCUGCAUUACUAGCAGCGACAGUAGGAGACGCCGGAGACGGAGAGAUGACGAAGGGCUACGCCGUCACAGUUGUGGUGUUGCUGUGCAUAUACGCAGCUGGAUUUGGUUGGUCGUGGGGCCCACUAAGCUGGCUGGUCCCCAGUGAGAUAUUCCCGCUCAAGUUACGCCCAGCUGGUCAGAGCUUAAGCGUCGCCGUGAAUUUUGCCGUUACUUUCCUUAUCGCUCAGACUUUCCUUGCAACCCUUUGCCAUUUCAAGUUUGGUGCAUUCUUGUUUUACGGUGGUUGGAUCUUAACAAUGACGGUGUUUGUCGUGAUGUUCUUGCCGGAGACUAAAGGGAUACAUGUGGAUUCUAUGUACCAAGUUUGGGAGAAGCAUUGGUUUUGGCAGCGGUUCACUAAAUCAACUUCAACAUGAAAAUGAAAAUCUUGGAUAAAAAAGAUUGAUGCAAUAGUUUGCAGCUUUCAUGGAUCCUAGAUAUAUAUAUUUAUAAUUAUAUAUAUCAUACUUAUGAUUAAAAGAUACAGCAUUUUAAAACUUGUUGGAUCAAAUUAGGAUCGUAUAUGUCUAUUCCCACCAGAAACGUUCUAUUGUUGUGUUUAAUCUUCUGAUUUUAUAUAGGUAUUCUCUAAUUGAAACC